AUGGUGCAGCGCUCGCCUUUAGCAGCUAGAAGGCUAAUACCGAUAAUCACGGAAAAUACUCAUCAAAAACAACGCAGCGAUGUGCCAAGACUCCAGGAGCCUGGCCAUCGCCAGCGGAGCCAUUCAUUUAACUCAAAUUCUCAGCAAAAGCCAAAGAAAUCCUGCCUAAAAUCCCAUGAUGGUGGGUAUGACAGAAAGUUGAGUAUGACUGAUUCUGCUCAUACCCCACCUGGCUCACCAGAAGAUUUGCCUGAUGAUGAAUCUUUACAUAGCUAUGGUAGUGCUGCCACUGCUGCUUCAAUUGAUGCAGGAUAUGCACCAUUCAAUGGGACCACCUUUAGUGGUAGAUCCAUGCGUUAUGUACUGCAUUGUUCGUCACAUGCAGGUCUUGCUGGGGAAGAAUAUCUGACACCAACUCAACGAGCCCAAAAGCAAAUACGGCGCCUCAAAAAUCUUCUUAGUCAAGCUAAGAAAGAUUUAGACAAGAAGGACAGUGAAAUAUUUCAGCUCACUAAAGAAGUUGUUGAACUAAGGCUUUAUAAGGCAUCAAUAUGUUCACCUGAUGAAAAAUCAAAUUCAAGUGAAAUUGUGACUAUUAGAGAAAAUGCAGAAGAGCCUUCUAUUGAACAAGAUAGUCCUAAAGAUGAAGAUGCAUGUAGAUCAUUUGAUAUCACAGAUAGCCCAAUGUUCAAAAAUCAAACACCAACAAGAUGCCGCAAUGAAAUGCAAGGUUCAUUUACAGACUCUGGACAUUUUGAUGAUCUGACAAAUUCAUCUCUGCAUUCUAAAGAAUCCGUACAUUUACUGACACAUGAGGCAUCUUGUAUGACAGAGUUAGGAGACGUUGAUGAGGAACGCCGUAGUCUAAUAGCAUAUUAUGAGAAAAAGAUAGAAGAUAUUAUUAGGACUCAUGUUGGAGAGACACAAGAAAUUAAGAAAGUUCACAAUGACAAAGUGGAGUCGUUGUUACAAAAGUUGGCAGAUGUAAAUACACGGUAUUGUGAACUGUUGCCUAAUUGUGAGCAGGCCAAAGAGAGGAUUUAUUCUCUUGAGAAACAGUUAGAAGAAGUAAACAAGCAACUGCAGGAGGAAGAAACCAGACAUAAAUCAAUGUAUUUGCAGAUGUAUAACAAAGGUGUUGAGGCUGCCAAAUUUGAAUUAGAUAAGGAAGUGGAGCCUGGCACUGUCCAAGGGCAAGCUAGCCGGGUAUCCGUGGAGGAACUACUGGAGCAGUUGCAGAUUACUCAGACAGAGCUCGAGAAAGUUCGAGACACGGCAUUCACAGAGGACCGAUCGGCAAAGUCACAAGUACUGCUAAGUGCAAAGGAGGCUGUUUCUUUAUGGGUCCUAGGAGCUCGAAAGGCAAUGUACCGUCGCAUUGUCGAGUCGCAGAAAGGAAACAAGACGAAAGUAGAUCCUGAAGUGACAUUGCAGUUCCUAAAAUCGGCCAUCUAUUACUUCCUUACCGAUCCCGAGAACCACCACGGACAUCUCAACGCCAUAGAGAACAUUCUUGGAUUCACUGAUACGGAGAAAAAGAAUAUACGCAAGGCGAGGACGUCGUAG